GUAGCUGCACUUAUGAAGAAUUCUGGAGUAUUAUUUGCUAAUGACGUAAACCCGGAUCGAUGUCAAGCCGUUGUAGGAAAUUUCCAUCGUCUUGGAGUUGUUAAUGUGAUUUUAUUGUCUAAAGAUGGCCGGAAAAUCCCAUCUAUGCAUCUUAACUUGGAUCGUGUUUUGCUUGAUGCCCCUUGCAGUGGCACGGGAGUGAUAUCAAACGACCAAUCAGUGAAGCAGUCGAGGGACAUUAAAGAUGUCUUAAGAACGGCACACCUUCAAAAAGAAUUGAUUUUGGCUGCCAUUGACAGUUGUCGUCCUGGUGGAACAGUUGUUUACUCGACUUGUUCAUUAUUGGUCUCAGAAAACGAAGAUGUUGUUCAAUACGCCUUAAACAAUCGGAAAGUUCGUCUCGUCUCUACUGGUUUGGAUUUUGGGGAUUCUGGAUUUAAGAAAUUCAAGCAUUAUAAAUUCCACCCGUCUAUGUCUUUGACUCGUCGUUAUUACCCUCAUGUUCAUAAUGUAGAUGGAUUCUUUGUUGCUAAAUUAGAAAAAAUAUAA